AUGCCUGACUCCACUGUGGCAGACACCUGCGCGGUGAUUUUUGACAUUGGUUCUGGACAGUGUAAGGCUGGUCUAUCAGGGGAACAGGCACCACGCUCGGUUAUUUCUACAGUUGUGGGAUACCCCAAAUUCAAACUUGUCAUGUUUGGAGUGAGUCAUAAGGACUGCUAUGUCGGGGAAGAAGCACAGUCCAAAAGGGGCAUUUUGUCUUUUACCUACCCAAUGGAAAAUGGGAUAGUUACAUCCUGGGAUGACAUGGAGAAGAUUUGGAGCUAUCUAUAUGAACAAGAACUCAAAAUGAAACCGAGUGAAAGGCCAGCGCUGCUGACUGAGACCCCUCUCAAUCCUUUGUCUCAUCGAGAAAAAAUGGCUGAGACUAUGUUUGAAAGCUUCCAGGUGCCUGCCCUUUCUGUGACUCUGCAGGCGCUCACAGCACUGUAUGCUUCUGCCCGCACAACUGGGCUAGUGCUGGACAGUGGUGAUGGUGUCACCGUCACGGUCCCUGUCUACAAAGGCCGUUACUUGCUACGUGGCAUUACCAGGCUGGAUUUUGCAGGCAGAGGUGUAACCGAAUACCUUGCUAGGCUCCUCUUGGAGACUGGACACUCCUUCGUGAGCACAGCAGAGAGAGAAAUUGUCAGGGAUAUGAAGGAGAAGCUGUGCUAUGUUGCUUUAGAUCCUAGACAAAAGAUGCAGGAAAAGUCUGAAAAACUUACGUGUGAGUACAUUCUCCCUGACGGAAGGGCUGUCAAGGCAGGAGACCAGCUAUUCCGAGCUCCUGAAGCUCUUUUUGUGCCUGCAGAAGCAGGAAUACCAGGGCCAGGAGUUGGGGAGAUGGUCCUCCAGAGCAUCACCAAGUGUUGUGAGCAUAUCCAGUCCAACAUCCUAAGGAACGUGCUGUUAUCUGGUGGAUCAACUCUUUUCCGAGGUUUCAAGGAGAGAUUUCUGAAGGAGCUCCAGAUGAGAGUUCACAACUCAACUCAUGUCAAGAUCAUCUCGCCACAAGAUCGGAGGUACUCUGUGUGGAUUGGUGCUUCCAUCCUUGCCAGUUUAAGAGGGUUUAGGAAUAUGUGGGUUACCAGGGAAGAAUACAGUGAGGUUGGACCAACAGUACUCCAGAGAAAAUACUUUUGA